AUGUAUGCACCUCUGCUCUCUGCACAUGUCAGGAUCCCGGAGGUGGAACAAGGUCUUCUGCGCCUGCACAAGAUUUUGCACUGCCAGGUGCUGACGUUAGGAAGCCAGGGGAGGUCUGUGAGAUUUGUCUUUCUGUCCUUUUGGGCUUUGUAUUCCUAUGACAGACAACUGGUUUACCCUGAAGGCCUAGAUAAAGUCAUUCCUCAAUGGCUUAAUCAUGCUGUGCACACGGCUGUGUUUCCUAUUGCGGUCUUAGAAAUUCUAACAUCUCCACAUCGCUAUCCUCCAAAGAGAAAGGGACUUGCCCUCUUGGGAAUUUGUUCAAUAUCAUAUAUAAGCUGGGUAAUAUGGAUUUACUUUGCUGAUGGGAACUGGGUUUAUCCUUUUCUUGGAAUACUUUCUCCUUUUGAAUUUUUUAUAUUUUUAUUGAGCAGUCAUAUAUUGGCAGCCUCUGUCUAUAUUGUUGGCGAAACACUCAACUAUGUAGUAUGGGGUGAAGUACAGAAUAUAAAAAUGAAAAUGUAACCCUCCACAAGUCAAACCCUCCGGGG